GCCGCGUCUGUCGUAACGUACGCACGGAUGGCGCGCACGAACACGCGCGUGCGCUAUACGAUUUUUUUAAAACAUUUUAAUAAAUACAAAUAUUUAUUACAAAUUAUUAUACAAUAAAAAAUCGAGCGUAAGUUCCGUGCGAAAUUAAAAGUCAAUUAUGUACCUAUGAGCUAAGUGGGCGGCGGAUGAAAUCAAUACAUAUCAUUAAAAUUAAGUAGAAAAAAUUUGAUGUUAACAUUUUUAAAAAGUGUGAUGUGAAAUCAGUGUCAGAUGACUGAAGAAAAGGACAUCUGCAAUGAUAAUGAAAGAAUUACGGUGGGGGGUGAAAAAGAGACCGAAACAUCUGUUCAAGUGCAAAAACAAAGCGAGAUAGAAAGAGAGAGUGAGAGUCAGUUACGGCCGUCUCUCGAGAAACGGAAUUCUGAAUUCGAAAAAUACGCGCCAACACUAAAUUCGAAUUCGUUCGUUCGAAAAUUGAAUUCUGAAAACAUCGCACAAAAAACGGCCAGUCUACCAUUUCGGUUAGUUGAAAAAUCCAGUGUUUUGAAAGUGGGGGGUUUUUGUGGUAUAAAUCCUUCGUCGAUGUCUCGUGGGUGUACCAGGUUGAGUGGAAUAUGGUCCGUGGUGGGUGUGGUAGUACUCCUGGUGGCUCGAGUGGGGGGGAGCGAGUUCCCAGAGAGAGAAUGCUGCGAUCCUGUGUACCCCCCAAACACGGCGACCACUGCUGCUGCUCCCAUCACACCUCCAAUACCCAAGUUAACAGGUACUUGGCAUCAGCUUCAUGGCACAAUAGAGGAUAGAAAAUCGCAUAGAGGGCCCGGUUUAAAGGGCACGAUGGCGAUCCUGAACUGCCUGCUGGCGAGGCAGCUCUGCUUCGAAGACGCCUCCUGUUCCGCCAUCCUGGAGAUCAUCCCGCGUGUCUGUGGAUCUGAACUUGUGGCUUGUUCAACGGUGACGGUGACCAAGUGCCAAGCUGCCCUGAGGACCCUGCAAGCCUUCCCGUUCUUCAAGCCGACCUGCCUCUGUCGAGAACCGAACGUUGAUCCUGAAUGCAACUCCUUCCGCGACUUCUUGUUUGACCAUCCCUGCGUGUUCGUGAUGAAGAAGGAAAAAGACCCGUACCCCGUGGAGACCCUGCCGACCUGCACGUAUGCCCUGAGCGUCUGCCACAACGAGAGAGCGUGCUCCGUACUCUUCGACCGAUUCAAGAACGCCUGCAAGGCCCGCGAUGGUGAAUGUCGGAUGGAUGACAGGGAAGCAUGCCGCGAAGCCUGGGCUGGUCUCCGUCUGUCCCCACUCUUCGGCUGCAUCUGCCCCAACACCCACAUGAAGAAACGAUGCGACCGCAUAUUCGCUGUGGUAAACCACAACCCAUGUGUCGCGGCGGCGUGGGGCGAUUGCCCGCCGGCGGUUCGGGCGCUGUUUGAAGCGCCCCGCCGCCCGACUGCGCGCGCGCCGGCGCUCACACGCUACGCUGCUCCCGACGGUACCAUCCUGCUACUCACCGAGAACGGCACGCGGCUGAUGACUCGCGCCGCGGCCGCGAGCCUCCUGCGCGCCGCCCUCCUCUCCCCGCGCCCCCCUCGGCCCCGCCACGUAAAGCUGAUGUCGGAUGGAAGAAUCGCGAAUCGAAAUGGGACCGGUGUGACUUCGUGGAUCGGCGGAAUGUCAAUAACACAUGAUGGGAACCUGAUUGCUCCGGACAAAAUUAUGACGCACAUCCACCGUUAUGCGAGCCCUCACUACAACCCUCACGGGCACCAUUACCACCGCUGGAACCAUGAGCCGGGGGGGAGCGAAGAUCCCUUGUACGCGACCAAGACAGUCUACGGGCCAGGAUACAUUGAUGAGAACCAGAGAAUUGGAAAGGAAAACGGUAAACCAGGUGAUGAGAAGGUGGCUCUUCAGUCUACGUGCCACGUGGCGUUGGACGCUUGCAUCAAGGACAGCGAGUGCGUGACUUCUUUGACUCCUGUGCUGCAGAAGUGUCAUACGAGCGAUUGUGACCGGGAAGGGUGCAUGGCAGCUCUCAGGGGAUUUUAUCGGAAAACCGGAGUACAUUGGAAUACUGAGAUCGCUUUCUGUCUUUGCAAGAAAACUGACAAUCGCGAGGAUUCGUGCAUGAACGCUCAGGAACGUCUCCAUCCGUCGUGUGCGCAGCGUCCAGCUGUGGGCUCCCCACUCCCCGCCUGCCACACUCUUGCGCAUGCCUGCAGGGAAGAGCCGGAAUGCAGGAUCCGCCUAGAAAACUACGAGCAAUGGUGUGCAGUGGACGCCGUCACCCAAGGUUGUGCAGGAUCUCCAGCCGCCUGCAGAGCAGCAGUGGUUGCAGUGCUGGGCACCCAACUGCGAGCAGCGUGUGCCUGCCGUGGAACUGACUUCGCCCAGCUGUAUGACUGCCUUGGGUGGCAACGACUGCUUUGGCUAAACCCUUGCGUUGUGGAAUCUCAAAGCGACUACCACAUGAAGACCUACGGCCCCCUGAUGACGACCACGCCAUUCGACAACGGUAUCCGCUACAUCACGGUGGCGCCGGAGUCCCCCACCUACCAUCGAACCACCACGCACCACCAUCGCCAUACCACGCAGGAUAAGAGCUCUCAGAUUGAUAGUAUUCAGGAGAACCGUGAAGAGUUGAGCCCAAUAACGACAAUGUCAGAACAGACGAUAGGGCCCAACGAAGUGGCGCAAAUCUCCGAACCCGUGAUAGAGACUACGACGGAGACAACUACGACCCCGACCACUACGACUACGACAACUACGACGACGACUACUACGACCACUACGACUACUACGACCACUCCGAGACCGACUACUACGCUGGAACCGACUAAAUACUGCAUCGUUAAGAAGCCUGAGAGUGAUGAUCAGGCGCAGUACAUCAAAAUGGGUGAAACUCGACGACUAUACCGAUCAGCUGAGCUCGCAGAAUGCACGGACCUGUGCGUCUGUGAGGCCACUCUCCAGGUGUCCUGCAAGGUGGCCUGUGUGCCUCGAGCCCCAUGUUCCUCGCGCCUGGCCCACUACUCUCAUGCCGCACCAGCCUACCAGGCCUACAGAGGACGAUGCUACUGCUAUUCUGGGUCUUUCAUCUGCAUGAGGCCUAAUCCAGGUGAAUACAAGUUACCUGAAGGCGUAUACCUACUCCUGGGCUUCAGCGCGGUUGAUGAAGCGCUUCUUCGGCCACACACUGGGUUGGGAGCUGAAGAUGCCGUACGUCUUCUACAGCAGUACCUUUAUACGGUACACAGUGAGGGGACGAAUUGCACGCUGACUUUGUUCAACAUCAGCAACGAGAAUGUGAUCAUCUCGGCGAGUGUGCCGCCGCGGGAGCAGGAGAUGCUGAGGGAGGCUGGAGACGCCCUGCUGGAUAGGGAGAAGGAGGAAUGCAUCGACGUUCUAAAAGUCGUGAAGUCCCGCAUCAACUCCCAGCACGAAGACAUCUCCUCGCAUCUUCUGCUCUCCAUCUUCAAGAUCGCUGAAGUGGACGUCGUGUACCCAACGCCCCCCAGCUCGGCCAUUACUUCCCACAGGCCAGUCAAACUCUUCUACAUUGCCAUCAUACUCCUUACUCUCCUCUACAACCUCAAAGACACUAUCACGUUCAUCAAAGCUGUCCUCUUCUUCAAAAUUUUCGUCAAUUCUUUGUCGAAUUUAUUCACUAUUAAGCUAAGAUUCGAAGGGCAACCUUCAACGUUAGCCAUCGUUCCUUUCAAAAGAUAUUUUUUAAAAGAAAAUAUCAAUUUUAUAUCUAUUUUAAAAUGUUACGAUGAAUUUAUUGAUAUUAGACUAGUAGACGUUGUUAAGUACACUGACGAUCAGCACGAUGCACUUGCUUCAAGUAACUCACGAGUAAAACAUAUCACAAAUGAAAUAGAUAUAAGUUUUAUAGAUGUAAAUAAUAUUAAGGAAAUGAUACAUAUCAUAAAAGCUGUGAGUAUUACAAUAUUUAAUAAUUUAAAUGAACUUGUUGCUAAUGCAAUUAUACUUAAAUAUUUUUCUAGAGAUGUGUAUUAUGGUAUUGGAUGUACUUAUUAUGAUUCGAUGAAGCUUUUUGGUGAUUUCAUUUUUGGAAAUAUCGCGUCCUCUUCUUAUGGGAUUGUAAAAUCCGUUAGCUUAGGACUGAAUCUAGAAGUAGUUUGAAGACUGACAAGAUUAUAUGAAACAUAUCAUAGUUGUAUUUCGUUUUAUUUUCGACUUAGAACUGGUGCUUGUAGGUCGAUCUUAAAGGCUGGGUUUUGUAAAUAAGUGUAUUACGCCUUUUACACUGUUAGAGUUUGGGUUCGUAUCUCCGGUAGCGUAGAUUGUUUCAUGUUGCAGACAUUGAACUUGUUAUCUUUAUUCAACUUUAUAUCUAAAUCUAAGUACUAGUAUAUCUCAACUCCAUUUUUGUAUCAAGAAAAGUAAAUUUCACCAUCAAAAUCAAUACUAUCAACAUUCUCUAUUUUUUCCUAU